AUUCCAGCGUGUAACUUUAUUUAUUACCGAGUUGAUCAAGUUUCAGUUGUGCUUCGCUUGAGUUUCUAUUCGUUUCGCGUCAGUCGCGCCCGUUCGUUGUUGGCGCACGGUCGUACACGUUCCGCGCUAAAAUUUUUAGUUUUUAUCUUCUUUCAAGCACUGAUUAUCGCAUAAAUCAUGUCGAAAAUCAAGAAGAAGCAAGUGUGCAUCAUUGGCAGCGGCAAUUGGGGAUCUGCAAUCGCUAAAAUUGUGGGUAAAAAUGCCGCUCGUCUCCCUCACCUCGAAGAUCGCGUCACUAUGUACGUUUAUGAAGAGAUGAUUAAUGGGAAAAAACUCACGGAAAUCAUCAAUGAAACGCAUGAGAACGUCAAGUAUUUGCCAGGACAUAAACUACCCGAGAAUGUGGUCGCCGUUCCGACGUCUGAAGCUGCCAAAGAAGCUGAUAUUUUAAUUUUCGUCGUGCCACAUCAAUUUAUCCGGACGUUGUGUGCCACAUUGUUAGAUAUUAAACCAACUGCUAUUGGUUUAUCAUUAAUUAAAGGCUUUGAUCAAAGAGAAGGAGGUGGAAUUGAUCUCAUUUCGCAUAUCAUAACACGAACACUGAAAAUCCAAUGCGCUGUUUUGAUGGGUGCCAAUCUUGCCGGCGAGGUAGCAGAAGAAAAAUUCUGCGAAACAACCAUCGGUUGCCGCGACUCGCAUCUCGCGCCAAUUCUGCGGGAUAUUAUUCAAACCGACUACUUCCGGGUAGUUGUUGUGGAUGAUGAGGACGCAGUUGAAAUUUGUGGCGCAUUAAAGAAUAUUGUGGCCGUUGGAGCUGGUUUUGUGGAUGGAUUGGGUCUCGGUGACAAUACGAAAGCAGCAGUUAUCCGACUUGGUCUCAUGGAGAUGAUUAAAUUUGUCGACAUCUUCUAUCCGGGUAGUAAGUUGUCGACUUUCUUCGAGAGUUGUGGUGUCGCUGAUUUGAUCACGACAUGCUACGGAGGACGUAAUCGUAAGGUAGCUGAGGCCCACGUACGUACCAAGAAGUCCAUUGCAAUUCUUGAGGAGGAGAUUCUAAAUGGACAGAAAUUGCAAGGACCUAUCACUGCCGAGGAGGUCAACUACAUGUUGAAAUCACGCAAUAUGGAAGAGAAGUUUCCGUUGUUUACUGCAAUUCACGAAAUUUGCGUGGGGCUGAAGCAGCCGGAACAACUCAUCAGUUGUUUGAAUAAUCAUCCUGAGCACAUGACUUAUGGCGACGACCGGACAAAAUCAAAGCUUUAAUGUUGCAUUAUCUGUGCAUAACCAAUCACACUCAUCACAAUAACUAGUUUAACUUAGAUAAGACUUUGCCAGGCGUGAGAAAAACAAGAUAACUAGCGUUACUGGUUUUCUGUGUGUUUUAUAAUUUGUUUAACCGUACAUUCCUACGUGGGCAUUAAUCUUGCAUUGAACAGAAAAACGGUUUUACAUAAUUUUAUAGUCAGCAAAAAUAACACUAAGGUAUUAAUGGAAUCAGCCGUUGUAUCUAUAUUUAAGUUUGAUUUUAAUUUUGCAUUUUCAUUCUCAAAACUUACCACAAAUGCUCAAUUAACAAGUGAAUGGAUGUUAACAUUGUUGUCGUUAUUCAUAUGUACAUAGAUGAAUAAGUUUUAUGUGCAAUAUUUAAAUGGGGAGAUUGUCUCAUUCCUGGUUUGCGGCUUUGUUAUCAACUUUAUAAGUGUUUCAUUUUAUAUUUAUUGUCUUAAGAUGUUGCAUUAUUGCUUUGUGGUUGUGGUAGAUGUUACUUAUGAUUUUUUCUGUUUGCAAUGUACUUGCUGUAGGUGUCGAGUGCCGUUGGCGGCCGAGGAAGGAAUUGUUGCUGCAAGUGAUUCUUCUCCUCAGUAAUCUACAUGAAAGUUA